AUGGCGGACACAUACCCCAUCGGUAGUCGCUCGGAGAGCGAGCGUUUGGUACGGGAUUGGGGCUUCAAACAUGUCUUCACCUGGUCAGAUGGAAGUAAUGCUUACUACUCGCCUCACACGCAUGAUGGCCUUACAACCCACCUCAUCCGCCGAGGUACCUUCACGGUCACCUAUCCGGAAGACAACUCUAGCAUUCACGGCGGCGAAGUCAAAAAAGAAACUUUUAGCGUUGGAGCAAGAAUUGAUGUGCCUGCGGGGAAAGUCCAUGAGGUUUGGAUCGGGGAUGAGGGGUGCGAGUAUGUGAUUGGGGAGUAG